AAAUGCAAGCAUGCCUCUUUGAACUCAGCCCGUUCCGUCGGUGAGUCUCUCGGGACACUCUGCUGAGGCAGGGAGCCACUGCUGUUCAAUCAAACUUUACAGAGGACAAACCGAGACUGGAAAAGCCAGGAAGGCGCCUGAACAGAGGCUCACACUUGGACCUGGUGACCUGCAGGCCGCGAGGACGGAGAUGAUGAGACGUGAUCGUCAUGGUGUACUCUCUUUAGGGGUGAUAGAGAGCCUUGAACACAAACAAGCAGUUUUCCAAGUUUUCCCUACAGUCAGAGCGGGCCGCGGGUGACAGGAGGGCGGAGCGCGCGCAGGUCCUGCCUCCAGGCCGCCCCGCCCCGGUUAAGCCACCGUCUCCUCGCGCUUCCCAGUCGCCCUCAGUGGCGGUGGCGACUGCAGCUCGAGCCAUGCAAGCUACCGUGCUGCUACUGCUGAUGCUGGCCGGGGGCUCGGCCGCAGUCUCGACCCCCAGCCCGCCGCUCUUCAACGUGAGCCUGGACGUGGCCCCGGAGCUUCGCUGGCUGCCCGUCCUGCGCCACUACGACCCGGAGCUGCUGCGCGCCGCGGUGGCGCAGGUCAUCGGGAGCAGAGUCCCCAAGUGGGUGCUGGCGCUGAUCGAAAGGAGCGCAUUGGAGCUGGUGCGCCUCCUGCCGCCGACGUUCACCGCCGAGAUCCGCGGCAUGAGCAACUUUAUGAACCUCAGCCUGGCCGACGGCCUCCUGGUCAACCUUGCCUACGAGUACUCGGCCUUCUGCACCAGCAUCGUGGCCCAAGACUCGAGGGGGCACAUUUACCAUGGCCGGAACCUGGAUUACCCCUUUGGAAAUGUGCUACGCAAGUUGACCGUGGAUGUGCAGUUCCUGAAGAACGGGCAGAUUGCGUUCAGAGGAACCACUUUUGUUGGCUACGUAGGAUUGUGGACCGGUCAAAGCCCACACAAGUUCACGGUUUCUGGCGACGAACGAGACAGAGGCUGGUGGUGGGAGAACCUGGUGGCGGCCCUGUUCCUGAGACACUCUCCCAUCAGCUGGCUCCUGCGCACAACUCUGAGUGAGGCAGAAAACUUCGAAGCAGCUGUUUACAGAUUGGCCAAGACACCCCUCAUUGCUGAUGUCUAUUACAUCGUUGGGGGCACGAGCCCCCGGGAGGGCGUGGUCAUCACGAGGAACAGAGGUGGCCCUGUUGACAUCUGGCCUCUAGACCCUCUCAAUGGAGCGUGGUUCCGAGUUGAGACAAAUUACGACCAUUGGAAGCCAGCGCCUAAGAGAGAUGACCGAAGAACACCUGCCAUCAAAGCUCUUAAUGCUACGGGGCAGGUGAACCUCAACCUGGAGACACUUUUCCAGGUUUUGUCAGUGGUUCCGGUUUAUAACAACUACACAGUUUAUACCACAGUAAUGAGCGCCGCCAUGCCAGACAAGUACAUGACCAGGGUCCGAAUCCAGCCUGAAAAUGAGUGACUUCUUGCUAGUGAAAUGUGUGAUGAGCUGCGUUUUCAAAAACUUAGACAAAGUGAAAGCAUCUUGUUCUUUUAGGAUCCAAACGAAUUCCUCCCUCAUUAAACUUUGCAGCCUGGUGCAAGAGGGGGAGCUUGCUUUGGAUUCGCUCCUCUUGCUGGUUUGCCUUGACCUUCCCCAGGAUUCUGUCACGCCCUGAGUGACAUGAAGAACUCUGCUGUCUGGGGUCGUGUCCUUGAACUUUGUUUCCGGCUUCUCCCUCUUUUCUCUGCCAUGCACCUGUCCAGGAAGCAAGGAGCCCCCUGGUUCCUUGUGAGAGCUUCUGGCAGAGACUAAAGGAAAAGCUCCUUUCAGAAGACAUGAAAAACGCAAGUUUGAAGACAGGCUGGUCAAAAUGGUGUUAAUCUGACCUCAGACCAUAUAAUUCCAUGUAAUGGGAUUCCUAUUUUUUAUAAAUUUUUUUUAAAAAAAUAAAAUAAACUCCUUUUAUUCU